GAGUGGACAGACGGACUAAUGGAGAACGCGGUGCGCAACAGCAGCGAACAGCUAUGUGCGAAAGUUUGUUGCAUUGAGCAGACUGGAUUAGCAGAUCGUUUCGCGUUAGAGGAGCAUAAUCGGUUGGCUGAGUGAUAGCAAGAAAGCAUGGUAGCGAUGAAUCGGACGUACUUGGUUCUCGCGGCACAGUGGGAUGUUAUAAGAGAGACCGGUGUGUGACAAGGAAGUCGUGGCGGAGGAUUUCGGACUGUCGAUGCACCCAGCUUCCCAAACGAGCUUCGACGACGCGAUCUAAUUUUCUCGUGAGCGUACCUAAUCACCUCUCUGUUCAGCGAUUAACGUCGCAUACGAUAGCGUCACAACGUUUCGAGAACUGUAGAUGAAACUGCACUAAACCUUGUCUGGUUUUUAAUCGUACCAAAAGUUCCCAUCCAUCGAAUCUGGAGGUUUUGUCGAGUUUGUUUGACGAGCAUCCACGCGGUGACUACAUCUUGAACAAUUGUCUUGUUCUCUUUUUCGAUACUUCUUGUAGAAAAGAGGUGGUCCUUUAUUACUUUUGGUGCGAUAUAUAAACUGAAGUGACAGGAUGAUGAUGGGCGAUCAGUUUCGCAGUAAAGUAGAGCAGUAUUCGCCGAAGUCCUCACCGAGGGGAGCACGGUCUCCAGUCGUAUCUCGUCAGGACUCCACAGGAACGCUGAAGACUACCAUUUCCCUUGGGAAGAAUCCUUCCAUUGUCCACAGUGGACCAUUCUAUCUGAUGAAGGAACCCCCAGGGGAAAGUGAACUUACGGGAGCAACAAAUUUAAUGGCUUAUUAUGGCCUGGAGCACUCCUAUAGCAAGUUUAGUGGUAAAAAGCUCAAAGAGCAGCUGUCGUCUUUCUUGCCAAACUUGCCUGGUAUUAUAGACAGACCUGGACAUUUGGACAAUAGCUCAUUAAGAUCAGUAAUUGAGAAACCUCCCAUAGGUGGUAAGGAACUAUUGCCUUUAACGAGUGUACAGCUUGCUGGUUUUCGAUUACAUCCUGGCCCACUGCCAGAGCAGUAUAGAUAUAUAAAUCAAGCACCUCAAAGAAAGCACAAAAAUAAGCAUAAGAAACACAAGCACAAGCCUGGGGAAGUGCUCAGUGGACAGGAGACCGCGACGACGGACGUGGGCGGUUCCGAUACGCAUGAAAAGAAACAUAAGAAGCAGAAAAGACACGAUGAGGAAAAGGAGGCUAGGAAAAAGCGAAAGAAGGAGAAGAAGAGGAAAAAGCAGAAGCACAGCCCCGAGCAUACCGGCAGCCUCACGCCAUCCCAGCAUUCCAAUUCGUGAUCUCUAAUUUGUCCUUUUCAAUUUAUGCCAAAUUUUUGAUUUUAAAAUCUAAAAGCGAUAUGUUUAUACGAUUUAAAAUAUACAUACACGCGCGUUGUAUAUUUCUUUGCGCUAAAGCUGUAAAGGUACGAGUAAUAUAAUUAUAUUUGGAUUAAUCCUUUUUUGUUAUGUUUGCACAAAUAAGAAAAUUUGAUAUUCGCGAAUUCAGACAAUUUUCUGGUUAUUUCUAAUUUGAGAAAUUGAAUAAUUUAGUGAAUUAAUUAAUCUAAUUGUUACCGAAUAUUUCAACCAUAUUUACAGUCCUAAUUUAUAUAUAUGCAUAAUAAAUAAUUUGCAUAUAUAAAAUUUUUUCAACAUUAGAUAAUACGACGAACUCUAUGUGCAAAUUAUGUAUUAUAUAUACAUCAUAUUAUAAAGUAAUGUAAUCCCCUUUUUAUUAAGAGGAUUGUGUACAGGUCUUUUUAAAGCCCAUGUAGAUUUAUAAAAAGCUUUACGCCUUACAAAAUUGUUUGCUCAAUCUUCGUUAUUUCGCACGCCAGACGCGAACAUUAUAAUUACAUGCGUUCCAGUAGUGAAGUGUCUUUAAGCAAACUGGUUUAUGUCUCAUAAAAUCUCGACGCUAUAAUGGCACUGAUUAAUUUGAAAUUCUGCUUUACUUUUGAAAGUUUUGCAGUAAUAGGCAAAAUUUAAUCGUUACAUUUUUUAAUUUAUAUGACUUUUACUUAAAAUCGCGCAGUAUCUUUAUAUGCAUGUUAUGUUUUCUUAAGCAUCUUUUUUUUACUUGCGUAUUCGAAAGUUACCUGUACACGGUAAAGGGGGAGCGUGUAAAAUAUAACCGUGUGUAAUAUAACAAUCGUGUGUAGGAUACGUCGUUCCUAUAAAUCUGCCGAUUGCCUAUGCGGCGUUGCGUUAUAUAUAAUAAUUGUAAUUUCGUCGUUAUACGAAAUUAGGAUGUAAAUAAACGUAACAGAUUAACGAAAGACUGUGUAAAGAGACAGACACUCGUUGAACUCGCUGCUGUUCUGUAUGCAAAGUGCUCGAAGUUUAUAAGUUUACAGUCCACAUGCUUUAAGCUUCACGUAAUGGAUUUAGCGGAGAGAAAAAGAAGAGAAAUAUAUCGGAGAGAAUCUAGAUUUAAAAUAUUUAUAGCGCGGAAGGAAAUACAGAAUUAAAGUGAUUGAUUUCAUAACAGCA